AAUGCUUAUUCACAGGCAGUACGACGGUCGGGUGGCUAUUUCCAAAAGGAGAUGGGGGGCCUUCAUCAGAGCUGAUUAUCGUCGGAAAGAAUAAGCCACGGCCCUAUUUUCCCGUCAGCCUGAUUUGUAAGGGUUUUUCUAUUGCUGUUUGCUUCUUUUCCACCGGCCCUGCAAAGUUUGCCAGACUGCAUUGGAAGGGGAAGAAGAGACUCAUUAUUUUGUAUCUGAGCAUGGUGCUGCCCUCUCGCAGCUUCUUACAUGGAACACGCUGAAUUUGCACGUGAUCAAAAUUACUCUUGCACUCUUUUACCCCUGAGUGAAUACUGCUCUGUCUGCAGUGAGCAGUUGGUGCUCGGUGGGAGCACUGCGGCAGUGAGAGCCUCUGCCCAGCCCAGGGGAACGGACUCACCCCAAAAGCAGCCCCAUCCGAGAGUAACUUCAGGCAGCCGCCGGCGAUCAGAAAAGAAAGGUGGCACUGUAGUUGUCAGGGUACUGCCAACGUCGUUCAGCCGCCCCACCACCACCCCCCAAAGUUUGGCCAAGCAGAGGAAGCGUAACCACGCAAAACCCAACCAAAAAGCGAGGAGUUAUGACCAGGAAGCGCAGCCAAGCCCUAAAGAAGUGUGCGAGGCCGCUGUCUGACCUCUACCCGCGGGCAGCACGCAGCAGUAGCACACGCGAGGCGCGCCGCCCCGCUGCCAUCCCGGGCUUACCUGGGCGCAGCGCGGCGCUGGUGGCACGGCGGAGCCCGCCGCCCCGGCAGAUAUUCCGAGGGAUCCAAGCAUGCACGAAGAGCCAGCCGAGUGGAGAUCCCCAAGCCUUAGCUGAAUGCCCUGCUCUAUGUUCGUGCUGCCAAAGCUUACAUGGUUACCCUUUCCCUACUGCACCUCCUGUGGAUCCAUUUGCAAAAAUCAGAGUGGAUGACUGUGGAAAAACGAAGGGAUGCUUCAGGUACGGCAAACCUGGCUGUAACGCAGAGACCUGUGACUACUUCCUGAGUUACCGUAGAAUAGGAGCUGAUGUUGAAUUUGAGUUGAGUGCUGAUACCGAUGGCUGGGUGGCAGUGGGAUUCUCCUCAGACAAGAAAAUGGGUGGAGAUGAUGUCAUGGCUUGUGUUCAUGAUGAUAACGGAAGAGUCCGAAUACAGCACUUUUACAAUGUUGGUCAGUGGGCUAAGGAAAUCCAGAGAAAUCCUGCUAGAGAUGAAGAGGGGGUUUUUGAAAACAAUCGUGUGACUUGUCGAUUCAAGCGUCCUGUAUAUGUUCCCCGAGAGGAAACUAUUGUAGAUCUGCACUUGAGCUGGUACUAUCUGUUUGCCUGGGGUCCGGCAAUUCAGGGUUCUAUAACUCGUCACGAUAUAGACUCACCACCUGUAUCAGAGCGUGUGGUCAGUAUUUACAAGUAUGAAGAUAUUUUCAUGCCGUCAGCUGCCUAUCAGACCUUCUCUUCUCCAUUCUGCUUGCUCCUCAUUGUUGCACUGACCUUCUAUUUAUUGAUGGGAACCCCUUGACCUCUGGAAAGUAACGAGAAUUUGCCAGUGAAGGUUUCUCAGGAUGGAUGGAGUUAUGAUGGAUGACGCAUAUUUCUAUUGGAAUUUAUAUCACACCACCAUCGUCAUCUAGCUGCUUUUGAACAUAGCUUCUCAGAAGAAUGAAAUCACCAUCUUUUGAGUGGCUGAGUGGUGACAGAUCAUUUAAGAAUAAUCAAUGAACAAAUAAGAGACGAUGUUCAGUGUUGUGACUACUUGCUUAACGAAGACUUUUGUAAAAUCAGUGUGUGUGCGUGCGCGUGUGUGUAUGUGUGUUUGGGAGGGGUGCCUGUAUGUGUGGUUAGGAUUGUUUAGUGAUGCACAUCUUAUCAAAUAACAAAAAAAAAUGCCUUCCAAAUCGCUCCCACAAAGCAAAUUUGGGGAAACGUUACAAUGCUGUUCGGUACUUCUGGUGCAGACGAAGUCCAAGUGUGGGUGCUGAUCUUAGGAUCGGGAUGCUGACACUGCAGUAUAAAAGCUACCCUUCCAUAAUGGACAGUUGGAUGUUUUUUUUUUAAACUAAUAUUUAUCAAGAUGUAUUUGCUCUGGUACUUUCCAAAACUAGUCUUGCAUAAUCAAGCAUGAACAGGAUUUUUUUAAUGGGAAGAAAUGAUCAAUGUCUUUAUAACAAUAGCGUUUCAACAACCUUCUUGAAAGAAAUGUCUGCUUGUUUUAUGAGUGAGGAAUUACAUUAUAGAAACAAAGGGAAAGGAGAAUGCAGUCAUUUGAAUUCUCCAUACAUAGGAAAAGCGAGUGUAAGCCACAGAGAACACUGAAGUUUCUAACAAGCCAUAGAACAUCCUCCCAAUCAAUGAAGUUUUUUUCUCUUUUUAUUUAAAAGCAGUGAUGUUGCUGAUGUGUAAAUACGUUUUUAAAUAGUUGUGCUGUAGUACCAAGAAAUCCAUUUUUCUGUGUAGUAUUCUUGUAUAUCCUGUUCCUGUUAAAGGUGAAUAUGGGCAGCAGAUGUUCACUUACAAAGAAACGGAAAUAUAACUGAGAUUAUUUGUAAGGAGAGAGAGGAAUUAAUAAAAAGAUCAGUAUGUUUUAUUUCAUCAAAUCAUUGGUGAAACACAGUUACAGUGGAAAAGAUGGGCUAAAGAGGAAACGCACUUUGAUUUUUUUUAUCACCAAUAAAUAAUACAAAGAUGAAUGCUAAAUAUUAUCAAACUAUAAAGUGUCAAAAUACAUUUGAGCCAUAGAAUGUUCUGAAAAUGCGGAAUUUGUGUAGACAAUUUCUAUUAUUCACGUGACAGUAGGGUGUGACGUAUGUAUGGGUGUAGCAGUUGAGUGUACUUAGGUACGGUUGCACAUUUGUUUCCCAACUUGCAUUAUUGCACCAAAAUUCUCUCUAAUGUGAUGCACUUAAGGGCUCUGUAAUGUAGGAUCUGGUAAAAUAUGUGAUAGGCAUUCUUUGUAUUUUCAUUCCUGUAUAGAGUGUAAAAUCAAAGUAACAAGCUUUGCUGGGUUUGCAUCAUUCUUCAUGCAAUUCAAUUAAUAGUUGGUUUUUUUUUUUUAGGUUCUACAUUCUUGAAAGCAGUUCUUCAAGUAAAAAUAGUGAAAUGGGCUUGAAAAGGAAUCACAAACUCCAUCACAAAUCCUUUAUUACCAUUUUUAGAGAAAGAUUUCUUAGAAACACAUAACGUUUUUAUUGAUGUCUUUAAGGAUUUGUUUGCUUAAAAUUGCUGCACUAAGGUUAAAUAGGGGUGAGAAGAAUGCAAAUUGAAGUGAACUUUGAAGGUGCAUAUAGUAGCUCCUUUCGUGUAAAUUACCUUCCAUAAGUUGCAUAACCAACUCACGAUCUGAUGAAAUAUGUAGUGGAAGCCACCUGAUAAGGAAGGUCAGCUUUGGACCUUCACGAUUGUAAAACUGAGGUCUAAGAUUAGCAGAAGCAGAGAGCUGAGGUCGUGGAUAAUGAGUUUUAUAGUAAGCAGCCAGGUGAAGUGAGGAAGUUAUUAGGGCUAAUUCCUUCUCUCCUGUGUUAAAGUGCAGGCAGUUUAGGGAGCUGAGAUACUACAGUCCCUUUUCUGAAAUCACAGCUACUCAAAGUAGCCUCAGGGUCACUUUAGUUUAUGGCCUUGUAAUUUACUGGUUUAGUUUUAGACAUUUCCCUGAUUGCCCACUAACAGGGUAAUCUAAUAACUGAAGCAUACUGAAGUAUGAUAGAAACCCAUUUAAAGCUCCUUUAAUAGAGCGCUGCACUUAGGAUAGCCUGGCUAGACCUAGGCAGGGACAUAUGUUAAAUAUGGCAAUACUAAUAGCAAGGUAAAUGUACAACACACGUAGAGCUGCUUUGUGCUGUAAAGCGCUCUGCAGGGAGUCAGAGCUGUGUAAAGGUUGAAAGUUCAGGCUCUAAAGCAAUAGUGAGGUCAGAGCUGAAGCAUGGCCACUUAUGGGAAUGCCCCAUGCAAAGCAUAAACCGCUUCAGGCCACAGAUGUACCCAUGUUCUAAAGUAGGGCAGAAAUACUGUUCCUUUUUUUUUUCAGGUUCCUUUUAAGCAUUCUGUCUGGUGUUUUUGUUGUUGUAUUUCUCUCUUUUCGAAAUGUUAGCAGAGGUGUGCACUUCUCAAUGCCCUUGAUCCUUGAGCUUCAAAAUACUUAAUUAGCACUAAUUAAGCAUUUCUAAUUAAUUGGGAGGAAAUAAAAGUCCACAACAAGCAGCAAAGCAAUCUAUUAUUUGGCAUUUAAAUUUAUGGCUGAGCUCUAUUACUACUCCCUGGUAAACUGUUCUAAGACUUUGUAUACUGCUUCACAGGUGUUAGAAAAGCUACUGUGCAUUCUCUAAAUGUUUGUGUUUAAGGAGAACUGAAUACUGGAAAUAAGGAUGAUAAAUUAGAAUCAGGAGGUAGGAUAAGUGGUGGGUUUUUUGUUGCUUUUUCUUUUCUUCAGAGAAGAAAGUUUGUUGUAUUGUGGCGCUUUGUCUGAGAGCUGUAGGAAAAGCAGGACUGUGAGCUUCCCAGAUUCAGGAAAACAAGGAAGGUAUAAGCACUUGGAUAUGGGUAGUUGGGAGUAAAUACGAGAACAAAAAGGCUAUGAGAGAAAUGAAAAGGCUUUAAUUCAUUGGUGCUUAGCUUUAUAUGGUAACUAAUAAUUAUUAAUAUUUGAGUAAGCGUGGACAGUGUUUUGUUUUUCAUGUUUUCUUCCCUAAUACUUCAAAGCAGGAUUGAUCCCUGCUGUACAGUUACUACAAAGUAGCUCUCUUCAAAGUAAUUGAAAAUUGGAUCAUUUUUAGAUUCUUUAUGGUGACUACCAGUAAGCAGCUAUUAAAUAACACAUUUCCAAAGCGCUUUAAUUUUGAGAGUGAGAAUAAGUUGCUGCAGGGUAACAUAAUACAGAAGCAGAGGCUUUAGAAAGGUCACGUUUACAGUACGGUGGCCUUUGGAAAUUUGAAUUGGCUGCUAAUUACAAAGAUAAUUAAUUAGAAAGAUAAGACCAGAAAAGACCAUAAGGCAUUAAUUAGCAGUCUUGAAUAUAUUCUUUCCAUGCAGAACCAUAUUCAGCUCUGACCAUAGCUUGUUACAUUAACCAUAACACCUUCUGCUCACUCAGUCCAUCUUAUCUAUAACUUCGUAUGCUUAAAGUUCAUAAGCUAUUUGAAGGAGCAAUCAGCUUCUUUGUGAUGGUGCCUGUCACAAAGGGACCUUGUGUUUUGACUGUAGUGUCUGACAGGUACUCCACUACAAAUACUAAGGCCUGAAAUUAUACCAUAAAGAGUGGCAUAGGAAAAAGAAAAAUAAACAGAGAAUAAAGACCUCUAUAAAGUUUGUUUCUCUUCAAUGGAAACAAAUAACUUUAUGCAUAGCUGAGACACUUCCAGGUGCUAUUUAUUUUUUCCCAAAUAAGUGCUUAGUUGAUUUUAGAAUGUCGUUGGAUACACAAUGAUGCUUUCACCUACAGUUGUAGCAUUAUAAGAGAAUGAUUCUGUUUCUGGAAGAGAAUAUUUUGAUUAGAUAUUUUGAAAGCCCUCUGAAGCUUUCUUGUCUUUAUUGAUGGGCGUUGCAAUACUUGGGUAGUGGGAAAAUAAGUACUUGUAGCCAAGUUCCCCUAAUCGAAGGGAACUCCCCAAAUGGGUUAAAAGUUCUGAAAGCUUUUUUUGGCACUGACUUUUCCAGUCUUCACCGCAAGGAUUAGAGAGUAACUGGAGCAAUGCAUGCAUCAGCAAACUGCCCGGCCAGUAGCUUUGAAGCUUGAUUGGGUUGCCAUAUCCUGAGGCUGGACCAAGAAGAAGAGCUCUCCUUGUGCUCCAUGACUACUGUGAAACGGUGUUACAACUGUGUUAAUGUCUUCCUCUGAAAAGUAUUGUGCUCCUUGUCUGUAGCCCAUGUCAUGUCCCUGUGUCCACAUCUGAUGAUCCUGAGAGGUCUUAGCCCAGCUGUAAAGAGGAGUUAUUAAGUGAGGGGGACGGAGAGACAGCUGUCUUCACCAUCAGCCAGGUCACAGUUAGAAAUCUGUAUUGUAGACGAUACUCCUCUCUAAGUACUGUUGUGAGUUGAGGAGGAAAGGAAGAGGCGUUAUUCUUUUUUUCAGUCUUUGUUGCCCUUACUUUUCCUGUCCUACUGCAUCAGACGUUUAAAAAGAAGUAAAUUAUCCUCCAUUUAGAGCAUAGACCCUGUGGUCUUUGAUUCUUUCUGGAAACGUUGGCUGUUGGCACUGCACUGCACUCUAGAGGCAGAACUGGAGCUCAUAGAAAAACCUGCUAAUUUUACUGGCACGUGAAUUAAAAUUGUGACCCCUUGCUAUACUGAUAUGUUGUUUUUAAACUUCUCCAAAUGAUUUCCCCAAAGAAAAGUACUCAGCAACAGCUUUAGGAGAAGGAAACUUCUUUCACAGACAAAAUUACAAAAGGUCUAGCAUCACUUUUUCAGAGAUGCCUACUGUGAAAGCGCUAAUAUCUCCUACAAAGUUCAACCGAUUUAGAGCCUUACAUUUAUAGUAGAAGUAGACACAUAUUUAAAUAAUACAGUUGUUCUGGUGCUUCACGGAGCUGUGUAUGUGGCCACCCUGCAUGAACUGGCACCCUCCAUUUCAACCCUGAGCCACAGCAUGCGGUGAGCAGGUGGAAGAGUCUGCUUGGAUGCUGUGUGAUGAUGUGAAGGCGACCUCAAAUACUUCAGGACAGAUGAGUAGAGGGUUUGUAAGUCAGACUGGAGGACGAAGAAAGGCUCAUGAUUUUGUCAUACUUCCUAUUUUUGCAUGACUUUACACGUGGCAAAGAGGCAUGUAAAUCACAUGGAAAUUUUACUUGAUAUGCAAAGAAGCAACAGAAUCUAACUGGAACAGGAAUUUUAACUGUCCUAGCUGUUGUAAGGGCAGGAGGUCCGAUUUAUGCCUUGAGAUGUGUGCUCCCAGAAAGAUCCAAGAUUUGAGCGAGAGGCUUGAUCUUGCCCUUAGAGGUAUGAAGAAAGGCCAGGAUCCUGCAUGUGAUUGUAGCAGUUGUUUGCUGUGUGUACCUGCUCCCUGGCUCUCUCACAAACUGCUUGAGUCUCAGAAGAGGGAGUUUCUAAAUCUUAACAGCUUGCUUUGCCCGUUGUGCUUCCCCUAAAUUGAAACCCCAUGAUCAAGGUUUCUGUAGCAUUGUAUUAGGGCCUGAUACAGUUCUUCCACAGCCUGCCCAGCACAGAUAGCGAUCUAACUGGAAACCUGUUGGCAAUUUAAAGAAAAUCUCAAUUUUAUGAGCAUAAAAGUUGAUUUGUAUGUUUGUUUAUUUAUUUAUUUAUUUGCCAUAUCCCAACUCUUCACCUAUUUUUCACUAACUAUUCCAUGCAGUUCAUAUGUCUGAGUGUCUGUUUUUUUCUGCAGAUACAAUAAGAUCUAGAUAAACCUUCCCGUUCUACACCUGUUAUUGGAAUAACCACUAAGGUAACUCUUAGAAAUUUAUUUUAUGGUGAGUUUCGAUAAAACUGUGUAUAUUUAUAUUCCCUUAUUUAACUUCUCUCAUCGGGGUUCAGGUAGUGAGGUAAAAUCAAUGUAAUUUUGGAGGGCUUGUGCAGCUUGUGGGGUUAGUGGAUGUGAAAAAGCAGACUGAACAAACGUGACUUUGAAGAUCUGUGAUUGCAUUGGCAAUAGCAAAGGAGCUGCUGUGAGGAAAAGAGCAGACUGUUUUUUUCUUGAAUUGCCAACUAAUUUCAAUUGCAUUCAUUCCUAAUUUGCUUCCAUGUUUGUUCCUGAGGUAGGGAUGUUUGCUCACACUGAUGUCAGGAUGGAUCACAAGGAGAACUUCACAGCCUACGUUUGUAUAAAGGCUACUGCUCAGUAUAGACCAGUUCUGAUCUGCAUUAGAGACUACUUAAAAGUGUCCAUACAAGGGGAAUUUUUAUAUGACGCUUUAAAGAACUAUUCUUUAAAGGUACUAUGCUAUUUAUAUAGACUCAAUCAUUACAGAAUUACCUGUUAGCAGUAAUCUUCUGAGUUGUUUCUAACUGCUACUUAACGCAAAUUCAUGUUUAUGUUUUUAAGGAAGGAACUGGAUUUUUCAAAUAUGCCAAGCAGCUGCAAAUCCUUUAUGGCUUCAAUGCCUACUCAUGGCAAAGUGAUUGCAGUGCGUUACCCAAUUUAGUCUCAGAGCUCUCUCUUAAGCUUCACAUCAUUCAGUUUAAUUUUGUAAGUUGCCAAUAGUAGAAGACUAAAUAGGAGGAGAACUCAGCUAGAUUCUGUGCAAAGGAAUGGAAAUAUUAUUGAUUUUUCACAACAGCCAUCAACCAGAUUAACGAAAAAUAUUCUUCCCAGAAUCAAUAUUUAGGUAUACUAAAUGUGUUGAAGGGGUGUGAAAAAAUUAUAUAAGGCAGUUUAAAAACACAAGGUUAGACUGUAUUUUGGAAAUAAAACCAACCAAACAAUAAACCUAAAAUAAAAUGGAAGAUCUUGCAUGUUCUCUUGCUCCUAGCUGAUAUUUUUAGAUGAAGAAGAAUAUAUGUGAAAACUGUGAUGUUGCCUGCUACAGGAUCAUGUUUGCUCUUUUAUUAUACUAACUUCUUGUUGCUUUCUUUAGUGGAAAAAAAUUAGUCUCACAUUAUUGUUUGGGUUUUUUUUUUUUUUUUCCUGAACAAGAUGAAAGUAGAUGUUAAAGAAUCAAGGAAAUAUUUUCAUUUAGACUAUCAGGAUAACCAGAGAGGAAACAAUAGAUAUCAAAUAUAAAAUACAAGAGGCAAAAACCAUUGUAUAGGAACUGUUGAAUCACGGCCCGAACCUCUGAUUGACCACCUGAGGCAAGCACUGAGUCAGCCAUGGGAGCACAGGUGAAGGCAAUUCAGCUGUGUGACCAGAAGGGGUGGAGCCAGACUCCAUCUCUCCUAGACCCCAUUUAAGGGCUGACUGCCACUAAGGAAGGAUCUCUUCCUGGAGAUUGCUCCUUGUGGAGUUUUCUCUGUGAGCCUAUGACGUUGGUGAGCACCUUUCAUUUAUAUCUGAUCAUCUUUUCCAACGUGGUAAUCUUACCAGCCUCAUUUCUCUGUAUAACAUCUGUAUACUUAUUUACUGUACAACUGUAUUGUUUAAAUCCCAAAUUCUGUAUCUGCUACUGAAAUGUUAGACUGCUCAUCUAAUAAUAAAGCAAUGGUUUCUUUUUCUGUUUGUCAUGGUGAUGUGAACUCCAUGACAAAAGUUAAAACUGUAAGAACGGCCAGUGUUUUUCCUAAAGCUGGAAGCAUCAAUCAAGUAUUGACACAGAGUCAAAGAUGAAAUCCCAACCCAUUAACUUCAUUAGAAAAAUGGGAUCCUAUUCAUCAGUGAUGUCCCCAACCUUCAUUUCGGGAGAUAAAUUUUGUUAAUGUAUUUGAAACACGGUGAGUUCUGUUUAGAUGAAGUCAGGUGCUAGGUAUGUCUUGGUAUUUCUGGUUAAUAUAUUCUGAAAUCUGGUUUGCUUUAAAUUCUUAGCAGUUAAGCAGACUGUCAUAACUACAUUAACACUUGCCACUUGGAUUUGUGUUAUAUAAACUGUAAUGGUUGAAGCUGAAAUGUCAUCUGCACCUUUUGACUUCAUUCAGUAUUGUCAAGAUGAAAAUUAGGUCUAAUACACAGAAGCACUUUGUAAGUAUAGUGCUAAGUGGUGUUCUGGUUUUUUGGUGGUUUUCUUUUUUCUUUUACUAGACUCAGUUCUGUAUGCCAAUACCCAGCAUCCAUUUGAAGACAAUGAGCAUUUAAACUUAUUUAUAUUCAUGCACCAGUCUUUCUGAAAAAAUAACAGUGGAUGAAUACAUAAUGGAAUGAUAGUGACCUACGGGAUUAUUUUACAAUCAAUGCAUGUCCUAAACUAUUGCUUUGUAACAUCUGUUUUAUACUAAACGUUGGUGUUAAAGUGAGCCUUGUUAGCUACUUGAAAGUGACAUACAAUAUUUAUAAACCUGUUAUAAUAAAUGCUUUUUUAGUCCAA